AUGCAUUUGUUCCUGGUGCUGGGAGGCGCUUUGGUCGCCAUUGCCUUCACGUAUCUGACCUCGGCCAUAAUCGCUGCAAUCUUUUCCCCUCUGCGAUCUAUCCCUGGGCCAUUCUGGGCUAGGUUCACUCGGCUGUGGUACUUCAGGCGUGUCUAUGACGGAAACUUUGAGCAUGACAACAUUGACCUGCAUCGUCGGUAUGGUCGUGUUGUCCGGGUGGCUCCAAACAUGUACAGCAUUGAUGCACCAGACGCGGUAAACACAAUCUACGGUAUCGCAUCUAAGAUGCCAAAAUCAGAGUGGUACGAGGGCUGGAAACACCCUUCGCCAGACCGCUGGACUUUGUUCCCGGACCGAGACAUCAAAAGACAUGCAGAAACUAGAAGGAGGUUUCAGGGCCUUUACAGCAUGUCAAGUUUAGUGAGCUACGAAAACUAUGUCAACGAAUGUACCGAUAUCCUACAGCAGCGACUGUCCGAGUUUGCCAAGCACAGCUCCAUCAUCGACAUGACGCAUUGGUUUCAGUGCUAUGCAUUUGAUGUCAUCGGGAAUAUUACGUACUCCCAGAGAUUCGGCUUUCUCGACCGUGGCGAAGAUGUCGAUGGCAUCAUCAAAGCUUUGCACGGAUCCAUGAUAUACAGUACCCUGAUAGGCAUCUUCCCAGCACUGCACAAAUACAUCUAUGAUAUUAUGAACAAGGUAAACAUUGGCGGAGCUGUUGGACGAACAUAUCUCAUGAAGUUUGUUGGCGAAAGAAUUCAGCAGAGAAAGGCGGAACGAGGACAAUAUGCAGAGAAAUCUGUCUCGUUGGAUGAGAACGCUCCGCAGGAUUUUCUUGAGAAGCUCAUGGUUCAAAAUGAAGACAACCCGCAAAAAGUCACUCCCUAUCACAUCUUCAUGAUGGGCCUCUCCAACAUUAUAGCUGGCGCAGACACCACUGCAAUCAGCCUUUCUGCAGUAUUGUACUAUCUGAUUCGGAGUCCAAAGGCAAUGCAAAGACUGAGAGACGAAGUUGAGCAAUGCGUCACCGAUGAGCUUUUUAACGGAACACACCUCACUUUCAAGCAGAGCCAGGAGAUGCCAUACCUGCAAGCGGUCAUCAAAGAAGCCCUUAGACUGCACUCCGCAACUGGCCUACCGCUCUGGCGGGUAGUUACGGAUGCAGGGCUGGAACUCGAUGGCCGUUUCUUCCCACCGGGCUCCGUUAUUGGUCUGAAUACUUGGGUCGCACACUACAAUGAGGAUAUUUUUGGCGCCGACGCGAAAGAGUUUCGGCCGGAACGAUGGAUCGAAAGAGAUGAUAAUGAGGCGGAGAUAAAGGCCAUGAAUGCAUAUUACUUGCCGUUUGGACUCGGAUCCCGCACAUGCCUGGGGAAACAUAUUUCAUUCUUGGAAAUGUCCAAAUUGAUUCCUCUUCUGGUGAGAAACUUUGACUUUGAGUUGGUUGGAGAAGAGCGCGACUGGAAAGUUGAGAAUUAUUGGUUUGUCAAGCCAGCGAAUUUCUUUGUCAAGGUCGCGAAUCGCAAGUCUUGA